CGCGAUCGUGUCACUUCCUUACAGCUUGUUACUAGCAGAUUAUCCGCGUUGAGUGAAUACGGUCGACCAAGGCUCAAAUUUGUUUCGCAUGUCUAUCACCCGGAACAAAUCUCCUUCAGAGGAUCCUCAUAACUUGCGCCACAGGUCCAGCAACACUAACGUCGACGUGGAGGGUGACUACAUCGACAUGUCCCCGCUACCGCCUUUCCACAAAAAAGCCAUUUCUUCCUCCUUGGACGGCAUUCGAAUACUACCUCGUGUGCCUACGGGAUCGUCUUCAGACCUCGAAGAUGUCGAGCUAAGUUUGUUGUCCGAAGAGGAACGGGCAAGUGCUGGGCGAAACCUCGAACAUGGUCACGGUGACGCGCAUUCUUCUGCAGGCGGAGCGAAAAAAACUGCUAUGUCUCCUAGAGACAAAAAGGCAAUGACCCUGUUGAUCAUUCUUUAUUUAAUACAAGGAGUUCCUCUUGGCCUUGCCCUUGGUUCUGUCCCGUUCAUCCUCCGAGAACAUCUAUCAUAUUCACAACUUGGCGUGUUCGCAUUAUCCAGCUACCCAUAUUCGCUCAAGCUAUUAUGGUCUCCUAUCGUUGAUUCAACAUUCCUUCCUUCCAUUGGUCGUCGAAAAUCAUGGAUAAUUCCUAUGCAACUCAUAAUCGGCUCCUUGAUGCUUUACAUAGCAUCGAAUGUCGGGAGAUUGAUGGAAAAUCCUGCGGAUAAUAUCCAUGAACUCACUUUUAUAUUUACGUCACUGGUACUCUUUUCUGCAACGCAAGAUAUCGCUGUUGAUGGAUGGGCUUUGACGCUUCUCUCUCAGGAGAAUCUUUCCUACGCCUCUACAUGCCAGACAAUCGGGUUGAACACAGGCUUCUUCGCCUCUUUCACCGUCUUCCUAGCGCUAAACAGCGAGGCAUUCGCUGACAAAUGGGGCAUUCCACGCCUCGAGUUAAGCGUAUAUCUCCGUUUUUGCAGCCUCUUGUGUUUCGGCGUAACUUUUUGGCUAGCCUUCUUCGAAAAAGAGGGCAGUGAAUCGUUAGACGGGUCAGAAAUGACUGUUACAUCCGUUUACAAAACCAUAUGGAACAUUUGCAAGCUCAAGCACGUCCAGGCGCUCAUUAUCAUGCACUUCUUCGCGAAAAUCGGGUUUCAAGCUAAUGAAGCAGUCACUAGUUUGAAAAUGAUUGAGAAGGGUUUGGGUCGCGAAGAUCUCGCUAUUGUUGUCCUCAUAGAUUUCCCUUUUCAAAUCUUGGGAGGCUGGUAUGCGGCAAAGUGGUCAAAUGGCGACAAACCGCUCCGUCCAUGGAUAUGGGCGUUUUGGCCCCGACUAGCAUUUGCCCUUGUGUCGACGCUCAUCGUCUACUGGUUUCCAACACCCCCUCUUUCAUACGGAUUUUUUGUCUUCCUCGUUAUCCACACAGUGCUCCAGGGACUUGCAUCGACAAUUCAGUUCGUUGGCAUCUCAGCAUUCCACACCAAGAUAUCUGAUCCUCUCAUUGGAGGGACCUACAUGACGCUACUCAAUACGUUUACUAAUCUAGGAGGAACGUGGCCAAAGUACUUUGUAUUGAAAGGCGUCGAUUACUUUAGCGAGGCGUACUGCGAAGUGAAGGAGGCACACAGUGAGCUGCUUGUUAAAACUGCCGAAUGCGUCUCUGAGCGCGGUAAGGAGGUCUGCUUGGACAUCAAUGGAAACUGCGUCACAGAACGUGACGGAUACUACUACGUUUCAGCUAUAUGCAUCUCAUUUGGCGUGCUGUUUUUAGUUUUUUAUAUCAUUCCCACUGCACGCAAACUCCAAGCUCUUCCUGUAUACAGAUGGCGGAUCAGUCCAGAGUGAGCAAGGGCUGGGGCUUGCACUGUCGUUCGUUACUUAUUUUAAUAUAACUGGGGGGUAGUAGAUAGCUCUUGUUCGUUGAUCAAAGUGCCAUUGUGAUGCAACCAGUACACUCAUUGUU